AUGUCUGCCCAUGAGCCGGCCGAUGUGUCUCAGGCAUGGGAAGCAGACUCAUGGACAAGUUCUACAUACAACCAACAGACAGUCCCAGUGACAUCGUGUCCGUCGCCGCAGAUGUAUACACCAGAGGGUUUCUCGACACCACCUUUCGUUCCACCAACACGAAGGUCUCUACCAGCAAGACCGGUGCCGUCAGCCUCAAGGAAUAGCUCCGUUGGCAUGUGGAGGCAAAAUGACUGGGGGAGUAGCGAGUUCGGUAGAGUUGACACACUGCAGCGUGUAGACGCAUCGUCGUCAUCAAAUCCACCAACACCAAGUUUCACAGCCAGUUCCGCAGGAAAUAUUUCGAACAUCUCCCAAUACCAACGCAACUCUGCCAGCCAGGUCGAUCUUCGGUCUUUGGGGAAGCCUAUCCCCUCUUAUGGAGCAUCGAGUUCAACCACCAUUGUAGACCCGGAGCAGAGAUCGCCGGGGGGGUCGAGAUCAUCGCCGAGAGGAAGCUUCGAUAAAAGUCGCGUCUCUGCUCAUACAAUUUCACACUCUGACUUGAAUGCGACGACCAGAAAACCGCUGAGAGAUUCCAAUGCCACCACAUUGAGGUCGUCGAGGACAGGUUCAUAUCAUACCAGCCCGGAGAUCCUAGAUGGGGAAUUAACACCAACCUCUUUCCAGAUCGGCCGACAUACAUAUCUCCGGCAUGAGACACAGCCAGAUCUAGGGGCACAAGCAGAAAAGCAGCUUCCGGACAAGCCGAGGAAGGGCAAGCCUGGAGGCCCGCCGCUCGCGCUCUGGCAUGAAAUCCUCUUUGUGCUGAUCAUUGCCAAAGCCCAGGCACUCAUGCUCGCUGGCGUUUCGCAGGCAUUGAUACCGGCCAAGAUCAUUGGGGACUCGUUCGGGUUAUCCAAGCCGGCGGAUCUAGCCUGGUUUUCGGCCGCGUAUGCCCUCACGUCCGGCACCUUUGUCCUCCCAGCCGGGCGGCUAGGUGAUCUAUUCGGCCACAGGAAGAUCUUUAUCCUGGGCUUCUUCUGGUUCGCAAUCUGGAGUCUCAUCACCGGCUUCGCCCUUCGGGUUCACCAGAGCGGUGCAAAUGGCGUCGUCUUUUUCAACGUCUGCCGUGCCAUCCAGGGUAUCGGCCCUGCUCUCCAGGUACCCAACGGUCAGGCCAUGCUCGGCCGUGCUUACACCCCGGGGCCUCGCAAGGCAUUGGUCAUGAGUCUCUUUGGCGCCUCGGCUCCGUUUGGCUUCGUGGCUGGCGGUGCAAUGGCCAGUAUGUUUGCACAGGUCGCUACCUGGCCUUGGGCCUUCUGGGUUCUGGCAAUAGUCUGUUUACUUUUCGGUACGGCGUCCAUUUUCAUCCUUCCCUCUUCGCCAACCAGAAAGAUUGAGCAGGGUGAGAGCAUGUGGGUUCUGCUCGAUGGCCGGGGCAUUCUCUUGGGAGUGACCGGGCUGGUAUUCUUUAACUUUUCCUGGAAUCAGGCUGCUCAGGUCUCCUGGCGGACACCAUAUACAUACUUCCUCCUCAUCAUUUCCAUACUUCUGCUUGCGGCAUUCAUCUACGCCGAGAUGCACGCCGCACACCCCCUCGUGCCCAUCUCCGCUAUGCAGUCACAUACGAAUUUUGUUCUUGCCUGUACCGCGGCGGGCUGGGGCUGCUUCUCCGUUUGGGUAUUUUACUCGUUCCAGUUCCUCGAGGACCUCCGCGGCUGGACACCACUACUCGCCGCAGCCUCGCACUCGCCGGGCCCCGUCACGGGCCUGAUUGCCUCACUCCUCGUGGCGCGCUACAUGAUGCGCCUGGGCCCGCACUGGAUCAUGUUGAUCAGCAUGUGCGCUUUCUUCGCCGGCAGUCUGCUCAUGGCCACGGCGCCGGUGGGCCAGACGUAUUGGGCCAACACGCUCCUAUCGGUGCUCAUCAUGCCCUUCGGCAUGGACAUGAGCAACCCGGCCGCCACCAUCCUUAUGAGCAACAGCGUCGCCCGCGAGCACCAGGGUAUCGCCGCCAGCCUUGUCGUCACUGUCGUCAACUACAGCAUAAGCACCGCCCUCGGCUUCGCUGCCACCAUCGAGACCCAGGUCAACCGGACGGGCGACGACGUGCUGCGCGGCUUCCGCGGCGCCCAAUACUUUGGCGUCGGCCUGGGCGUCCUCGGCGUGGUGGUAGCCCUGGCGUUCGCCCUUUCGGCGAAGAAUAAGAGCGGCACUGCAGGCCCACCAUCGUCGUUAUCCAUGGGAGGGCCUCCCGGCCGCUUGGUUGAGCCGCAUCCGGGCGAACAGACGUCGGAUGUUGAGGCGCCCCCUCCUCUGCCGAGUAAGGGGUGA